GUCAGUGUCCCACAAUCCUCCUCUCUCGGUCCGCGUUUCCUCACCUAAGAUGGCGCUGCCCGCGGUACAUUCUUGGCCCUGGGCAGCCGCGGCCGCCGCUUUCGAAAAGCACAAGCGUUCAGCAGUUCUAACCCGGCCUCUAGUCUCUGUCUGCGGCUCGGGCUCGCGGUGGAGAUCGCACCAGCAUGGAGCGUCCGGAAGCCCUCGAAGAUACCAGACUACACUGUCAUUAAGAAAUACUACAUGGCAGAGAUGGGGAAAAGACAAUUCAAGACAAUUACUGGACGCAACAAAGGCUCUCCAGGCAUGGCCAUUGAUAGAAAAGAGAACAUGUUGGCAUGGGCACGCAGGAGGAGGACUCCAUACUGACCCAAAAGAAGGGUUAAAAGAAAUUGAGACCAGAAAAAUCAUUAAAGCAAUGCUUUCUUAUGUGUGGCCCAAAGACAGGCCAGAUCUACGAGCAAGAGUUGCCAUCUCUCUGGGAUUUUUGGCUGGUGCAAAGGCCAUGAAUAUUGUGGUUCCUUUCAUGUUUAAAUAUGCUGUAGACAGCCUCAACCAGAUGUCGGGAAACAUGCUGAACCUGAGUGAUGCACCAAAUACAGUUGCAACCAUGGCAACAGCAGUUCUGAUUGGCUACGGUGUAUCAAGAGCUGGAGCUGCCUUUUUCAAUGAAGUUCGAAAUGCAGUAUUUGGCAAAGUAGCCCAAAAUUCAAUCCGAAGAAUAGCCAAAAAUGUAUUUCUCCAUCUUCACAGCUUGGAUCUGGGUUUCCAUCUGAGCAGACAGACAGGAGCUUUAUCUAAGGCUAUCGACAGGGGCACAAGGGGUAUUAGUUUUGUCCUCAGUGCUCUAGUAUUUAAUCUUCUUCCUAUUGUGUUUGAGAUGACGCUUGUCAGUAGUAUUUUGUAUUACAAAUGUGGUGCCCAGUUUGCCUUGGUAACCCUAGGAACACUUGGUGCAUAUACAGCAUUCACAGUUGCAGUUACACGGUGGAGAACUAAAUUUAGAAUAGAAAUGAACAAAGCAGAUAAUGAUGCAGGUAAUGCUGCUAUUGACUCACUGCUGAAUUAUGAAACUGUGAAGUAUUUUAAUAAUGAAAAAUAUGAAGCACAGAGAUAUGAUGGAUUUUUGAAGACCUACGAGACUGCUUCAUUGAAAAGUACCUCUACUCUGGCUAUGCUGAACUUUGGCCAAAGUGCUAUUUUCAGUGUUGGAUUAACAGCUAUAAUGGUGCUUGCCAGUCAGGGAAUUGUGGCAGGUGUCCUUACUGUUGGAGAUCUAGUAAUGGUGAAUGGACUACUUUUUCAACUUUCAUUACCCCUUAACUUCCUGGGAACUGUAUAUAGAGAGACAAGACAAGCACUCAUAGAUAUGAACACCUUGUUUACCCUGCUCAAAGUAGACACACGGAUAAAAGACAAAGUGAUGGCAUCUCCCCUUAAAAUAACACCACAGACAGCCACGGUAGCCUUUGAUAAUGUGCAUUUUGAAUACAUUGAAGGACAGAAAGUCCUUGAUGGAGUAUCUUUUGAAGUUCCUGCAGGAAAGAAAGUGGCCAUUGUAGGAGGUAGUGGAUCAGGGAAAAGCACAAUAGUGAGGCUGCUGUUUCGCUUCUAUGAGCCUCAAAAGGGAAGCAUUUACCUUGCUGGUCAAAAUAUACAAGAUGUGAGCCUGGAAAGUCUUCGGAGAGCAGUUGGAGUAGUACCUCAGGAUGCCGUCCUUUUCCAUAACACUGUCUACUACAACCUCUUAUAUGGGAACAUUAAAGCUUCACCAGAAGAAGUAUAUUCAGUAGCAAAAUUAGCUGGUCUUCACGAAGCAAUUCUUCGAAUGCCACAUGGAUAUGACACACAAGUAGGGGAACGAGGACUCAAGCUAUCGGGAGGAGAAAAGCAGAGAGUAGCAAUUGCAAGAGCCAUUCUGAAGGACCCCCCAGUUAUUCUGUAUGAUGAAGCUACUUCAUCAUUAGAUUCCAUUACUGAAGAGACUAUUCUUAGUGCCAUGAGGAACGUGGUCAAGCACAGAACUUCUAUUUUCAUUGCACACAGACUGUCAACAGUGGUUGAUGCAGAUGAAAUCAUUGUCCUGAGCCAGGGGAAGAUAGCUGAGCGUGGUACCCACCUUAGUCUUCUUGCUAACUCUAGCAGUCUCUAUUCAGAGAUGUGGCAUACACAAAGCAACCGUGUGCAGAACCAUGAUAACCUUAGAUGGGAUACAAAGAAAGACAGUCUCUCCAAGGAGGAGGAAAGGAAGAAGCUCCAAGAAGAAAUUGUCAACAGUGUGAAAGGCUGUGGGAAUUGUUCCUGCUAAGGACUACAAGACAUCUUCUUGUUGUUCUUUGUGUUGUCUUGUUUGGUUUUGGAAUAUACAUUUGCACUGAAGCAAAACCUGUUCAUAAAAACAUCCAUCAUACAUUCCCAUUCCUUUAAUACUAUUAAAUAAAACUUAUUUAAAGGAGGGUUUGACUUUUAUGUCUUUUACCAUCUUUUGAAUGUGACAUCUGUAAUUAACCCCAAAUUAUUUUCUUGUUAUUGCUCUAAGAAUGCUCAGUGCAUAAUUUUUUGUUACUGUUUGAUUUUACCCUGUAACUAUUUUUGAAGUCUGACAUCCAUUUGAUGUUGAUAACCAUAUGAAUUAGUGUGGUUUCUGAAUUUAUUAGUCUUUAAAACCUUUAUGAGAACAUCUUUUUUCUUAAAAUUAAAAAAGAAUUCUCUUUUGAGAAGAGUGUA